AUGGGCUUUAAUCAACUACAACUUCGCCAAGCCUGUGACAGCUGCACGACAGCCAAGGUUAAAUGCGACAAAGGUCACCCAGCAUGCCAAAGAUGUCUCGAUAACGAAGAGUAUUGUCAGUACAGUCCUUCUCGACGACACGGCAGACGGCCAAGACGGUCUCGAGCAACCAUCCAGCAGCCGACUCCUUCAUCCAUCGCAAGCGAGCCCGAAGUCAUCCCUUCACAACCAUCGAAAGCUGCUUCAGAGUCUUGCAUUACGCAACAGUCUGUUGACUUGCUCUCAUGGGACACUCUGGACCUAGGUCCGUUCUCUGAGAAUACGAAUAGCCGAUAUGCUUCAGAAUCCGAGCUGGAUAUGUCCAACUUCUUACUAUGGUCCAAUUUCGGAAGCUCAGAUUGUAUGUCACAAAGUGAUACACCUUCGAUUCUUCAUACCAGCACAUCAUUGUUGGACCAAAAUUUGAUGGAGGGGGAGGGCACAGUAAGCGCUGACGUGUUGAGCCAUUGCGGGGUGGAGCAAUCAAAGAACAACACCGAGCAUGCCGUGGAAUGCGAAUCACGAGCUCUUGCUGUCCUGAGAUCACUGUUGUAUCGCCCAAAACUCUGCACAUCAGAAUGGAAAGACAGUACCCUUGGAUUAUCACCCAAUUCAGCUAUCGACACCACCUCACAAGCUUCAAUACACCCGGUCCAUUCCAUGGACACUGUGCUGGCUACCAACAAGGCCGCACUGAACGAACUGACGCAGCUGCUAGAAUGCCACUGUGCCGAGAAUUCGCACAUAGCGCUACUUCAUUUGACAAUACUGUCUAAAAUCGUGUUUUGGUACAACGUCGUGGUCACCAGGACGUACAAUUCGGAAAGGGUAGACCUAAGGGCGAUGAAGAUACGUUUUGGCGCCCUCGAUCUCGACGACGAUGACUCCACAAUACUGCAUCGAGCAGUGCUCUUCAGGGAGCUCCAAAAGGCAGGCAACGUUGUUCGAGCAUUUGAAGUUCGUUUCUCAAGCCCUGGUGCGUCGCUUUCUGGUAAAGAAUUGCCUUGGGGCCGCCAAAUUGUUCGUGCGAUUCGAGAAGACCUCGAUCGCUGCGUGGGUGACAUUGAAAAACGUUGA